UGAGGGGUAAAUUAGAAGAAAUCAUAGAUAAUCGUAGGGAUAACCCACUCUGUCCAAUCAUCCAAUAGACAGGUGCUGACGUCCCCCUCUUCCGGUCAGAUGUACGGCCAACUUCCCUUUCCCAUUCCUUAUCCCAUUCCCCCGAUGUUUCUCCCCCUCACCUCCGAUCCACCUUAGCACCCUGCUCUCUCUCUUGCAAACUUCAAAUACCGAUCACGCCUGAAUCGGAGUCGGUCGCCGAUUUUCUCUCUUGUAUGGAGAACCAAACUACUACUCAGAACACCUUUAGGCCUCACGCUGGAGGACGUGAAGACUGCUGGAGUGAAGGUGCUACUGAAACCCUAAUCGAAGCAUGGGGCGAUCGCUAUCUCAGGCUUAAUCGCGGUAAUCUCCGGCAGAAGGACUGGAAGGAAGUCGCCUACUCCGUUAAUUCACGUCAAAAUGGAGUUAAGCCUCAGCGCACUGAUGUACAAUGUAAGAACCGGAUCGAUACUUUGAAGAAGAAGUACAAGCUUGAGAAAAACAAGUCAACUCCUUCAAAGUGGCCCUUUUAUAACCGUCUUGAUUAUCUCAUCGCAACCAAUAAUGUUUCUGCCUCACCGUGUAAUAGAAGACCGUCUGCCUCGAUAUCACUUGCCGUUAAGGAAAAAAUUAGCCCCGACUCAAACUUUGGUGCAUUGAAUUAUUCAGGUGGAUCAUCCAGGUUGAAUUCAAGUGGUUCAAAUGACAGCUCACAUGAUGAUUUGGCCUUUGGGAGUGGAGAGAGGAAGAAUAAGAUGGAGUACGUAGGGUUAUCCGAGGAUACCACCGCAUUUAAGGAAUUAGCUAGGGCAAUUUUGAGGUUUGGGGAGAUAUAUGAAAGGAUUGAAAGCUCAAAGCAGCAGCAGAUGAUGGAGUUGGAGAAGCAGAGGAUGGAAUUCACCAAGGACCUUGAGGUACAAAGGAUGAAUAUGUUCAUGGAAACUCAGUUACAGAUUGAAAGGUCUAAAUGUGCUGCCAAGCAUCCCCCUUCGGCAGGAAAAUAGUUUUAUGCAGCAGUCACAUCUACUUGGGCAAGAAAUAGCUGCUGACCAAGGGCUAAAGUCACACAAAGGUGCUUGUAAAUUUUUCAUGUAGUUGACAGAAGAAGCUCAAGAAACUAUGAUAAUGCUUGUAUUUGGAUCUGCCAUGUUUGUGUACAUGAUAUGUUGUUAUGCUACAGAUUAGUUGUAACUUGAUAUUUAUUAGGGUGAUUUUUUUUUCUUUCUAUUUUUACUUAAAAUAAGUAGGUGAGUAUUAGCUGAUGUUUCACCGACAUCUUGAUGAAAACAGUGACUGGGUUUAUCACAGACUUGUUUACAAUAAAUCUGCAGUAUUGUAGUGAACAGAGAAUAUUGAGGGUGUAAGAAACAUUCAACUGCCUUGAUACUUCUCUCUGUUAAAUGAUUAAUGUAUGUACUUCCAUUAUUCAUAA